CAUAAACCCAAAUAAGUCCCAAAACAACAACAAAAUCUUAACAUUUUUUUUUAAUUAUAAUUAUUAAAAAAAUCGAGUUUUAUAAUCACUAAAAUCAACCCACAUUCUCGUCACGUCUCCUCCUUUCUCCGUUCUCUUGUUGUUUCGUCUCUCAAGGUUGGACCUCCUCCACGCGCGCUUCCAAGGUUUUCCCAAGAAAAUUUCUUGUGGCUUUUCUAGGAGCUGUUGCUAAAGGAUGAAGCAGUUUUGGGUUUAACAAGUGUUUCCAUAAGUUUGCGCUUAGGAGAUCGACGCAUAAAUGAAUCCUAUGCGUGAACAAUCGGGCAGCCCUUAUGGAGAUUCAACUCCUCGUAGUCCGUUUUCACCAUUUUCUCCAUUAUCUGGAGACGAAAGGCAUAGAAACCUUGCAGAUUCCAAAACUCCUCGUAGUCCUUUCUCCCCGUUUUCUCCAAAAUCUGGAGAUGAAAGGCACAAAACUCAAGCAGAGUCCAAAUUUCAGCAAGCCCUCGCCACUUCCGGUGCAUUGGAUCCAUUAUCCCCUGGAUCAAUGCACCAUGGAGGACACAAGUUUCAUGAGGUUUUCCAAAUGAAGCAGGGGCGUUAUGAUCUUCAAGCCUCCAAGAUUUCUGAAAUGAUGAAAUCAAGUAGCUUAGAUAAUGCUCCUACGCAGUCACUUUUAAGCGUUGUGAAUGGGAUUCUUGAUGAAAGCAUUGAAAGAAAGAAUGGUGAAAUCCCUCAGCGAGUUGCAUGCCUGUUGAGAAAAGUAGUACAAGAGAUUGAGAGACGCAUAUCAACUCAAGCUGAGCAUCUAAGAACGCAAAACAAUAUAUUCAAAACUCGUGAGGAAAAGUACCAGUCAAGGAUCAAAGUCCUUGAAGCCUUAGCAUCAGGAAGUGGUGAAGAAAACGAGAUUGCUACACAACAGCUUCGACAGAUUAAGACAGAAAAGUCACACUGGGAAGAAAAGAAGAAGAACGAAGAAGGGGAUAUGCUUAAGCUAUUGAAAGAAAAUGAUCAAUACAACAUCGAAAUCUCUGCCUUGAGGCAAGCACUGGAGACAACUAAAAGAGAAUAUGAACAGCAAUGCUCGCAAAUGGAAAGCCAAACUAUGGCAGAGAAGGCAAAGUGGGAAGACCAGUGGAAAAACGAGGAGGAGGAUAUGGCCAAGCUAUCGAAAGAAAACGAUCAGUUCAACAUCGAAGUUUCUGCGUUAAGGCAAGAACUGGAGAAGACUAAAAAAGCAUAUGAACAGCAAUGCUCACAGAUGGAAAGCCAAACAAUGGUCGCUACGACAGGACUUGAGAGCAGGCUGAAGGAACUUGAACAAGAGCGCAAAGAGGCAAACUCUGCAAAGACUUCACUUGAGGAAAAGGUCAACGAGCUCGAGAAAAUGGGGAAAGAAGCACAUACUGCUAAAGAAGCUCUUGAGGAGAAGAUGAAAGAGCUUCAACAGAUGGAGAAAGAAACAAAAACUGCUAACACAAGCCUUGAAGGAAAAAUUCAAGAGCUUGAACAAAACCUUGUCAGCUGGAAGAAUAAGGUCAAAGAAAUGGAGGAAAAAUCUGAGUCCAAACUAAAAAGUUGGAGUCAGAAAGAAGUUUCCUACAGAAGCUUUAUUGAUCACCAGUCUCAGGCACUACAGGAGUUGAGGUUCUAUUCAAGAUCCAUCAAGCAAGAAAUAUUGAAGGUUCAAGAGAACUAUACAGAACAGUUUAGCCAAUUAGGGAAGAAACUGAUUGAACUUAGCAAUGCUGCCGAAAACUAUCACGCUGUACUAACUGAAAACCGAAAGCUUUUCAACGAGCUUCAGGAGCUAAAAGGAAACAUCAGAGUGUUUUGUCGUGUGAGACCUUUCCUUCCCGGACAGGGUGCACCAAACACAGUGGUCGAAUACGUUGGUGAAGAUGGAGAAUUAGUAGUUACCAAUCCCACUAAACCAGGGAAAGACGGUCUUCGCCAGUUUAGGUUCAAUAAAGUUUAUAAUCCAAAUGCUACUCAAGCUGAGGUCUUCUCUGACAUAAAACCUUUGGUUCGGUCAGUGCUUGAUGGGUACAAUGUUUGUAUAUUUGCAUAUGGUCAGACAGGAUCAGGGAAAACAUAUACAAUGAGUGGUCCAGAUGGAUCAAGUGAAGAGGACUGGGGAGUUAAUUACCGCGCUCUUAAUGAUCUCUUUAAAAUCUCUCAGUCUCGAAAAGGAAACAUAAAUUAUGAAGUUGGUGUGCAAAUGGUGGAGAUAUACAAUGAACAAGUGCUUGAUUUGCUGACGGAGGACAACUCUCAAAAGAAAUAUCCUUAUCAUUAUCUAAAUUCUUGGAUCCUUUCUACAACUUCACAAAAUGGUCUGGCUGUGCCUGAUGCAAGCAUGUAUCCUGUGACAUCAACUUCAGAUGUGAUUACAUUGAUGGAAAUUGGACUACAGAAUCGAGCCGUUGGUGCUACUGCCUUGAAUGAAAGAAGUAGUCGCUCUCACAGCAUUGUCACUGUUCACGUUCGUGGUAAAGAUUUGAAGACCGGUUCUGUUCUAUACGGUAACCUUCACUUGGUGGAUCUAGCAGGAAGUGAGAGAGUAGAUCGUUCUGAAGUUACAGGAGAUAGGCUUAGAGAAGCACAGCAUAUAAACAAAUCUCUCUCAUCUCUUGGAGAUGUGAUAUUCUCUCUGGCUUCAAAGAGUUCUCAUAUACCAUACAGAAACAGCAAGCUAACACAGAUACUCCAAAGCUCUCUUGGAGGACGAGCAAAGACGCUAAUGUUUGUACAACUCAAUCCUGACGCUACUUCAUAUUCAGAGUCAAUGAGUACCUUGAAAUUCGCAGAGCGUGUCUCUGGAGUCGAACUUGGUGCUGCAAAGAGCAGUAAAGAAGGUAGAGAAGUUCGAGACUUAAUGGAACAGUUAACGUCCCUUAAGGACACGAUAGCAAGAAAGGAUGAAGAGAUAGAGAGGCUUAAUUCGGUAAAGGACAUGCAUCGACCUCAGAGACCUCACAAAACAAUGAUGAGGAGAAAGAGCUUAGGACAAACCGAUGACAUAAACUCAGAAACCGGAGGAUAUUCAUCACAAUCAAGACACUCUGUUACUGACGGCGAGAGUUUAUCGUCCUCCGUCGAAGCAGAGUACGAGGAGAGAUUGAGCGAGGCUACGUCUGAUGCUUCCUCUUUCGGAACUCAAGUAUCCAUUGAUGCUGCUAAAAAACCACCCAAAAUUUCAGACAGAGCUAAGUCGAUGACUUCAAGAUCUACGACUGUAACACGACCACUUGAUAAACUUCGGAAAGUAGCUACGAGGACAACAUCGACCGUUGCUAAGGUCACGUCCGGCUUGUCGUCAUCAAGCAUUAAGAAGACAGGUAACGCUUCUAGUUUGGCAAAGUCUUCUAAACGGUGGGCGUAAAUUACGCUUUUGCCGCCAUACCUUCCUUUACACGUAACAACAACACUGCAUAUAUCUCUUUUUUUGUUUGGAAAAAUUUACGUGCGUUCUCUUAAUAUUUUUAUUUUGACCUUUUUUCUUCAGUCUCCUCUAAUAUACUAUACUCGACUGGAACUACAAAAUUUUCCAAUAAUUUAUGUGAUUUAUGUACAAACUUGUAUAUACAUGAAUCUUAUAAUUUUACGAAUGGGUUUGUAGUUUUUAACAAAUGAAAAAUAACGGAUCAAUAUCUUUUAGGGUUUUUUUUUUGGUAUAACUUCUAGGGUACAUGCAUGGGAUUGCAGAACAAUACAUACAGCGAUUUUGACUAUAUCACAUAAUUCGCUAAAUUUUAUAUUCAGCUAUUUUGCUGAUGCAAAACUUUAAUGAAACAAACUGUUC